AUUUUUAUGUCAUAAGGCGGUCCAAUUGGCAGUUGCCGCACCGAAACAGAAACCCGGGUCAAAACAAAGCACUCAUCAAUUAAAAAGCGCUCCAAUCCUCCAGCCCGCCCGCCUGCUCAGUUCCGUUCGGCCAGGACCAGGAUCAGGAUGUCGACCCGUCGCCAGGCGAUCACGUUAUACAGGAAUCUUCUGCGCGAGUCGGAGAAACUGCCCUCGUACAACUUCAGGAUGUACGCUGCCCGCAAAAUACGCGACACAUUCCGCGCCAACAGGAGCACCAGGGACUUUGCGGAGAUCGAUCGCCAAAUGGCCGAUGGCCAGCAGAAUCUGGAGCUGAUACGUCGCCAGGUGAUCAUAGGCCACUUGUACAGCGCUGACAAACUGGUCAUAGAGAACAAGAAGACGCUGAAGCCCUUGGACGACUGAGGGAAACACAAGCGGAACAUGCGCUAGCUGACGAGAGUACAACAGCAGGGAGGGAGCGGCAGAGGGAGCAGGAGGCGUCUCUGGGUGAAGACACAACUCGAAAGACUCGACCCACACACAACACAACACGGCACACCACACCACACACACAUUGUUGCAUCGAUGAAACCAAGGAACCGAAAUCAUUUGCUAGCAAAAAAACACCAA